UCAAUGAGAGGUGACUGGUUACUGUAUUCCCUCCUCAUUUCAGUGUAAGAUGGUGGUAAAGAAUCUGCUACCUAAAUAAAACAGUAAAACUGAGUAGGAAACAUUUAAUCAAUACUGAACAUCUGAGCUGUGGAGUAGUGCUCAUUCCAAACUAUCAGAUAGGCACAUCUGAUCAGUUGAAAGGCAGAAACCCCCGCCUAAACUAGAGUCAAUAUCCCUUGGAGUGGAAUCCCUGCAAUACAGGACCAGCUAGUUGAACCCCUCGGCCGACCUGCCACAGACUCUCCUGAUCUUGCCGUGCAAUAGGAUGUCCCGCAGUCCAGAGCUGAAGGAAGACCCCAUGGAGUGCCCACUGUGCAUGGAACCGCUGGAGAUUGACGAUGUCAACUUCUUCCCCUGCACCUGCGGCUACCAGAUCUGCCGUUUCUGCUGGCACCGCAUCCGCACAGACGAGAACGGCCUCUGCCCUGCUUGCAGAAAGCCUUACCCGGAGGAUCCGGCAGUGUACAAGCCACUGUCACAAGAGGAGAUCCAGAGGAUAAAGAACGAGAAGAAGCAGAAGCAGAAUGAAAAGAAGCAGAAGGUGACGGAGAACCGCAAGCACCUGGCUAGCGUCCGUGUGGUGCAGCGGAACCUCGUCUUCGUGGUGGGACUUUCUCAAAGACUCGCGGACGCAGAGGUUCUAAAGCGCCCAGAAUAUUUCGGGAAGUUCGGCAAAAUUCAUAAAGUGGUCAUCAAUAACAGCACAUCAUAUGCAGGUUCACAGGGUCCUAGUGCCAGUGCCUAUGUAACUUACAUUCGUUCAGAGGACGCCCUCAGAGCAAUACAGUGCGUAAACAAUGUCAUAGUGGAUGGUAGAACACUCAAGGCUUCUUUAGGUACAACAAAGUACUGCAGUUAUUUUCUUAAAAGCAUGCAGUGUCCCAAACCAGACUGCAUGUAUUUACACGAACUGGGGGAUGAAGCGGCUAGUUUUACAAAAGAAGAAAUGCAGGCUGGGAAACAUCAAGAGUAUGAACAAAAAUUACUCCAAGAUCUUUACAAAGCGAACCCUAACUUUUUACAAACCUCAACGUGUGGGGAGAAGUCGAAGAGCAAACCCAACUCCACUCAGAGACCAAAUAGCACCAAUAAAGAAGGGUGGCCCACAUUACAGAGCUAUGGGAAAAUGGUUAACGGUUUAACCACAGAGCAUCGCAAGUCCCCUCCUCUUUUAGACUGCCUAACAGACUCAGAUCACAUGACUCCAGACGAACCAGACCCUGAACAGGGAACAGAGCAGAACACAGGCCUCCCACCCUUCCCAUCAGCCUUAGAGCCUACCAGUCCAAUUGACAAACCAUCAGAACCCAUAAGUAUAGGAAAUGGGGAAAAUAUAUCACAGACAUCCAGUAGCGAUUCCCCAUCUCCUCCACCUGGCCUUACUAAACCCAGCCUCGUUGUGCCCAUCAGCGUGGCUGAACUCGCAGCACGCUCACCCUUCGAGGGGGCGGCAGCUGAGUCUCAGUCUCUUUUCUCAGACAACAGCAAUUUCAGACAUCCCAACCCCAUCCCCAACAGCCUGCCCUCCUUCUCCAGUUCACCACAGGGAGCCUCCGACUGGCCCAUGACUCCAGAACCACAGAGCCUUUUCACCUCAGACACUAUCCCCGUGUCCUCCUCCACCGAUUGGCAGGCGGCGUUCGGUUUUGGCUCUUCGGCCAAGCAGCAGCAGCAGGACGAUGACCUUGGCUUUGACCCAUUUGACGUCACACGGAAGGCUCUGGCCGACCUCAUAGAGAAAGAGCUGUCAGUCCAGGAGCAUUCCCCCCUCUCUCCCAACCCCUCUUCCCAUCAGACCAGCCUCCCCAAUGGCCAACAGCGCCUUCCUCACCUCCAGCACAGAGGCCUCUAUAACUCCUUCAGCCUUCCCCAACACAUGGCCGCACGCCACCCCUGGAUGGGCCUCCCUACCCGCAAUAACCUCACACACUUGAACCACACGGCCACCGCAGCAGCCGCACACAGCCAUUUCUUAGACCUGAGCAUGCCGGCCCAGCACCACAGCACCGGCCUUGGAGGGAUUCCUAUAUCAGAAAACAAUGGCUCUGUGGAAAGCAUAAAUGUGAAAGAGUGGCAGGAUGGACUGCGAGCACUCCUACCAAAUAUCAACAUCAACUUCGGAGGCCUCCCGAACUCUACCUCUUCCUCCUCCUCUUCCUCUACUUCCAGUGUGAAUCACAUCGGGGUGCCGGUAGGCUCAGCCGGAGUCUCGCACGGCCUCAGCUGGGACAGUGCGGCCAGUUGGAUGGACCCCGCCAUCAUCACAGGUAUCCCAGCAUCCACAGGCAACAGUUUGGACUGUCUCCAGGAUGACAAUCCGCCACACUGGUUAAAGUCACUGCAGGCGCUCACAGAGAUGGACGGACCGCCCAGCUCCAGCGCACUCCCACAGCCCCCGCACACCGGCCUCCUAGACGCGGCGGCCCAUCUUUCCUUACACAGAGCCGCCUGGGCCCCUUACCUCCCCCCACCCACACUCACCCCAAGUCAGUUCCACUCCCCACCUCCAGGCUUUCAGACAGCCUUCAGACCCCCAGCGCAGACGGCCACAGACAUCCUACAGAGUGCCGGUAUUGACCGUCACUAAAGACAACCCUUGAUUUAACUGCAUUACAAACAUGAAACUGCAAAUAUACCCCUUCCAUUAAUAACGUAACAUAAGCUCUUGUCUUUCUACCAUUUCCCUCUCCAUCCCUUUCCCAUCUGGACUUGUUUGUCUGUUGUCACUUUUUUUGAAGGCACACAUACAUCUCUGUAGAAUGAGCACCAUCAGUGCAGGGUAAUGAUUUAAAUGAAGGUGCCUAGGAGAUUUAGACAGACACUGAGGGUCUUAACACAUAUACACACACCUUCACAUAUGAUUCUGGGGGGGGGGGGGGGGAAGAGUUUGACAUUGAAAUGUGUAGACAAAACCAUGAGCACUGAUGUGUACAUGUGACUAAUAAUGGCUAAACGGAAUGUGCUUAAACGAAUAACAUGUCUGAUUGACCUCACUCCUUCAUCCAAGGUACAGACUGCAAUUUAAUACUGUGAAUCUUUACACUUCCCGUAUGUUAGGUCUCACCACCACUCAAAGGAAACGGAAGCGGAUUAUUUUAAGAUAAGUCUAUGUAAUGCUCUCUUCUUCUUACACGCUUAAUUUUUACGGAGCCACAGGUAAGAUUUUUGAGGGCAUUUGUAGAGUCAAGACCCUGGUCCUCCUUGGAAGGGAGUUAAUUAAUGACAGAGUGGUACCUACUAUAUCUUAGGAAGGAAACCAUUUUGUAUUCAGGGCGUUUGUCUAAAGCAUCUUUGGGCAAGGAUGGUGAUGUGAGACCUGACAUGCUGCUACAGGAUGUCUGCAGUACCUUCAUUCCCAAGAAGAAAGGUGAGCAAGACCACUGUGGAAGUGUUUAUUGGCUUGCCUAUAGAAUAAGCCAUUCAUACAAGGUAUGAAUCAGGAAUCAGUCUGGAACCUUGGGAAGGAUGGUGAUGGUAAUAAAAGGGAGACAUGUCAAGGCACGAUUGCAGAUAAUACGAGUGUUGAAAGCGUAAAGACAGGCACACACUAACAUGCCCCCAUUCCAAGGCCUUCAAAUGAUUUCUACUCUCUUUUCUUUCUCAUCUGUGUGGCCAUACUAAACAGUAUUUAUCAAAUGCAAUCACUCAUUCUUUCAGGAAAAAAAUCAAUGUAGUCCAACAUUUGGGUUUAACAUGCUGCUGAAAUCAUUUAAUACAAAAUAAAGCGCUAAAAGAAAAGAACUGACCCAUUUUCUGCUGGUCUGGAACAAUGAAAUCUUAAAUAAAAUCGAGUAUUCAGUG